AUGCCUGGGCGCAGCGACAUGGAGCCGCCGGCCGCUUUCUCGGGCUUCCCGGCCCCGCCCUCGGUCGCGCCGUCGGGGCCGCCGCCGUCGCCGCUUGCCGGAGCCGAGCCCGGGCCGGAGCCCGAGGAGGGGGCCGCGGGCCGCGGGGAGCCGGAACCUGCGCCGGCGCCGGGCCCGGGCCGCCGGCGGCGGCGGCCCUUGCAGCGCGGGAAGCCGCCCUACUCGUACAUCGCGCUCAUCGCCAUGGCGCUGGCUCACGCCCCCGGCCGCCGCCUCACGCUGGCCGCCAUCUACCGUUUCAUCACCGAGCGCUUCGCCUUCUACCGCGACAGCCCGCGCAAGUGGCAGAACAGCAUCCGCCACAACCUCACGCUCAACGACUGCUUCGUCAAGGUGCCCCGCGAGCCGGGCAACCCGGGCAAGGGCAACUACUGGACGCUCGACCCGGCGGCCGCCGACAUGUUCGACAACGGCAGCUUCCUGCGGCGCCGCAAGCGCUUCAAGCGCGCCGAGCUGCCGGCGCUCCCUGCCGCGCCGCCCGCGCCCGCCGCCGGCCCGCCGCCCUUCCCCUACGCGCCCUACGCGCCCGGCCCCGCGCUGCUCGCGCCGCCUCCUCCCGCCGCUCCGGGCUCCACGCCGCCCGCGCGCCUCUUCAGCGUCGACAGCCUGGUGAGCCUGCCGCCCGAGCUGGCGGGGCUGGGCGCCCCCGAGCCGCCCUGCUGCGCUGCGCCCGACGCCGCCUUCCCGCCCUGCGCGGCAGCCGCCUCCCCGCCACUCUACUCGCCGCCGCCCGAACGCCUGGGGCUGCCCGCGACGCGUCCUGGCCCCGGACCGCUGCCCGUCGAGCCGCUGCUGGCCUUGGCAGGGCCGGCGGCCGCGCUCGGCCCGCUCGGCCCGGGGGAGGCCUACCUGCGGCCGCCGGGCUACGCGCCGGGGCUGGAGCGCUACCUGUGA